GGGCUGCAGAAGACGCUGGAGCAGUUCCACCUAAGCUCCAUGAGCUCGCUGGGCGGCCCGGCCGCCUUUUCGGCGCGCUGGGCGCAGGAGGCCUAUAAGAAGGAGAGCGCCAAGGAGGCGGGCGCGGCCGCAGUGCCAGCGCCGGUUCCCGCAGCCGCCGAGCCGCCGCCCGUGUUGCACCUGCCCGCCAUCCAGCCGCCGCCGCCUGUGCUGCCCGGGCCCUUCUUCAUGCCGUCCGAUCGCUCCACCGAGCGUUGCGAGACCGUGCUGGAGGGCGAGACCAUCUCGUGCUUCGUGGUGGGCGGUGAGAAGCGGCUGUGCCUGCCGCAGAUCCUCAACUCGGUGCUGCGCGACUUCUCGCUGCAGCAGAUCAACUCAGUGUGCGAUGAGCUCCACAUCUACUGUUCGCGCUGCACGGCCGACCAGCUGGAGAUCCUCAAAGUCAUGGGCAUCCUGCCCUUCUCGGCGCCCUCGUGCGGGCUCAUCACCAAGACGGACGCCGAGCGCCUGUGCAACGCGCUGCUCUACGGCGGCGCCUACCCUCCGCCCUGCAAGAAGGAGCUGGCCGCCAGCCUGGCGCGGGGCCUGGAGCUCAGCGAGCGCAGCGUGCGCGUGUACCACGAAUGCUUCGGCAAGUGCAAGGGGCUGCUGGUCCCCGAGCUCUACAGCAGCCCCAGCGCCGCCUGCAUCCAGUGCCUCGACUGCCGGCUCAUGUACCCGCCGCACAAGUUCGUGGUGCACUCGCACAAAGCCCUGGAGAACCGGACUUGCCACUGGGGCUUCGAUUCGGCCAACUGGCGGGCCUACAUCCUGCUGAGCCAGGACUACACGGGCAAGGAGGAGCAGGCACGCCUGGGCCGCUGCCUGGACGACGUGAAGGAGAAGUUUGACUAUGGCAACAAGUACAAGCGGCGGGUACCCCGGGUUUCUUCUGAGCCCCCGGCCUCCAUAAGACCCCAAACAGAUGACACCUCUCCCCAGUCCCCUGCGCCUUCUGAGAAGGACAAGCAGUCGAGCUGGCUGCGGACCUUGGCUGGCUCCUCCAACAAGAGCCUUGGCUGUGUCCACCCUCGCCAGCGCCUCUCCGCUUUCCGACCCUGGUCCCCUGCAGUUUCGACAAGUGAAAAAGAGCUCUCCCCACACCUCCCAGCCUUGAUCCGAGACAGCUUUUACUCCUACAAGAGCUUUGAGACAGCCGUGGCCCCCAACGUGGCCCUUGCACCGCCAGCCCAGCAGAAAGUUGUGAACAGCUCCCCAUGUGCCACUGUCGUCUCCCGGGCUCCUGAGCCUCUCACCACUUGCAUCCAGCCACGGAAGCGGAAGCUGACCGUGGACACACCUGGAGGUCCAGAGAUGCUGGCGCCUGGAGCCGCCCCAGAGGAGGACAAGGACUCAGAGGCUGAGGUUGAAGUUGAAAGCAGAGAGGAAUUUACCUCCUCCUUGUCCUCGCUCUCUUCCCCGUCCUUUACCUCAUCCAGCUCUGCCAAGGACCUGAGCUCCCCGGGCGUACAUGCCCUGCCCUCGGCCGCUCCGGAUGCUGCGGCCCAUGCCGAAGCCCCCAGUGGGCUGGAGGCGGAGCUGGAACACCUGCGGCAGGCCCUGGAGGGUGGCCUGGACACCAAGGAAGCCAAAGAGAAGUUCCUGCACGAGGUGGUCAAGAUGCGUGUGAAGCAAGAGGAAAAACUCAACGCGGCCCUGCAGGCCAAGCGUAGCCUCCACCAGGAGCUGGAGUUCCUGCGUGUAGCCAAGAAGGAAAAGCUGCGGGAGGCCACGGAGGCCAAGCGCAACCUGCGGAAGGAGAUCGAGCGUCUGCGGGCAGAGAAUGAGAAGAAGAUGAAGGAGGCCAAUGAGUCGCGCAUGCGCCUGAAGCGGGAGCUGGAGCAGGCGCGGCAGAUCCGGGUGUGCGACAAGGGCUGCGAGGCGGGCCGCCUGCGCGCCAAGUACUCAGCCCAGAUCGAAGACCUGCAGGUGAAGCUGCAGCAUGCAGAGGCCGACCGGGAGCAGCUGCGGGCUGACCUGCUGCGGGAGCGCGAGGCCCGUGAGCACCUGGAGAAGGUGGUGAAGGAGCUGCAGGAGCAGCUGUGGCCGCGGCCCCGCACCGAGGCCACGGGCAGCGAGGGCAGCGCCGAGUUGGAGCCGUAGCGGAGCCUCUGCCUGCUCCAUGCGGCAUUGACAACCGCGGGUGCAGGAGGAGCGUGGCGGGUGCCGCCCCGGCCACCCUGCGGCCCACACAGCACAAAGUCUUACUGUGCCUAUUACCAAGCGAGUGUUUGUAACCACAUACUUUGGAAUCCACUGCAAAAUUUUAUACUGGCCAAGUUUGAGUGAGCGAGCCAUGUCCCCCGCUACAGCCGGGACGGGGCCAGCUCAGCGACUUCUGGCAGGUUCUCUGCUUGCUAGAACGUUCUAACAUUUACAUUUUUGUUAUAAGCUAUUUAAAACCAAUAAGGAGACUUGACAUUCAGAAAAUCAACAAGUUUUUUAAUGACUAACUUUUAAAAGCCCCAACACAUGACGCCAUCUGAAGACCCGAGAUGGAGUGGGGGUGGCGCUGCCCCCUCCCUGCCGGGGAAGCCAUCACAGCUCAUCUGAGCCCGCGGCUGCGUGAGGACAGCAGGGGUUUUUCUUCAGAGUCUAUUUUUUCAGCGACAAGGACCCAGGUCUUCCUGCUGCUGCCAGGAAGAGUAGGGACAGUGCCGCGUGCUAGAUGAGCCCAAACACUGCCCGCCUUACCGACACCCACCCCGCCCGCCACGUUGCCGUGGACGUCGGCCCUGCACCGCGGGCACCAGGAAAGGCAGAGCUUGCAGGGGCCCCUCGGCUCUGCGCCCAGGCUCUGUCCUUGCCCCUCCACCACGGGCCCUGACCUGCGUCCAGCGGUAUGGUCACCGGGCACACCCUCAGCCCCUCCAGAACAUGCGCUGCUUGACCACAGCGCCCUGUUCAGCUCCGUGAACAUCGCUCCUUUUGUGUGGGACUGAGGCUGCAGCAUUGGAACAAAACACAGCAUUACUUCACUUUUUCUUUUUUUUGUUUGUUCGUUCAUUUUAAACGUAUAUUUAGAACUGCACUUUGUCAAAAAUCUUCCCUUUUUAUUCCCCAGUUAACUGAGGUUUUUACCAAUUUAUAGAGCAGUUCAAAUCCUAAGUGCUCGCGUGCUUAGAAAUCCCCUCUGGUGCUUGGUUGAACAAGGGAAUCACAAGAAAAUGAAAAUGCAAAAACUGAACUUUGGGGGUCGUUCUGUGCCUUCCACCAUCUUGUACAGCAAAUCCUGACUCUCCUGUCUUUUUACCCCCAAAAUAUCUGUCUUCAGUAGCGACUGAAUCUGCCACUAUCAAAAUAAGUUCCUUGCGUUUAUUCCAAAUAAUCUCGUUUACUCUUCACUGUUUAUGCAAAUUAUAUAAGGUUUCUUAUGCCCAAGCUUGAAAAAUGAUUUUCCAGUAGACAAGAGGCGGCUACCCAUCCUAAAAUUAUGGUAUUUAUUUGCGUAAGAAAGAUCUUACAGGAAUUCUUUGCUUGAAUCGUCCACACAUCCACACACCCUCGCAGCUGCGAGCACUGAGGAAGAUGGGCGUGUGCAGGUACAGACGGCCUCCAGGGUCCUCGAUGCCGGCAACCAGCAAAGACCGGAGACUGCCAUGCCCUCAUGUGUGGUGACAAAAUCGUUUGUGGGGUUUUGCCCUUAGUUUACUGAGGGGGUCCUGGUGGCUGUGGACCCUCCCUUCUAAAGUGCAAUGCAAAAGGGACAUCAUGUAUAUGCAGCGUUUGUUUGGAGAUUUUUUCUUUUUCUUUUGUUUUUCUUUUGCAGUUAUUGAAUAUGUAUGCAUGGGAUUUACACCUCUGCCGUAGGUAGACCCGUCCAUGGGCAUUAUUACUGUGUCUUGUAAAGGGUCGGUCAUGCAACAUGCAGAAUGCUGUUUUUAGCCUUGUUUUACCAGUUGUGUUUUUUCAGUCAUUUCUUUAAGGGAAACUAAAUGAUUUAGCUGGAGCAAAGCUUUACGUGUGUUGGCUUCUGUGUGGCUGUCCUGUGUCCCAAGUCUAAACUCAGUGAGGUCCAGGCCCUGCCCAGGGCUGCCAGGCUUGCCCCCAGCCACCUUGGAGUUUUCAGGCCCCAGAGAAAGAUGGACUUUGCACAUCACCUCAUCCUCCUUCCUAGGGGUCGCUGUCAGGUCUACACCUCCACCUGCCCACUUUGUCCCAAGUGUCUUUGGAAAAAGCCUGUGUCUGCAGUGGUGACUCUUCCCCAACAGCCAAGUGGGUUCAGUCUUGGAGAGGUCCAGAUAGUGUCACCAUUCACUCACCUGAGCUUGCCCUCCCUGUGGGUUCCUUGGCCCUGGCCAGUUUCCCUCCACUAGGGCCCUGUGGGAUUACCGGGAGCCUUCCUGGGCAGUUCCCUGCUGCUUCAGUGUGGGCUCACUUGAGUCUUUUCCCUGGGUGAGCCUGGGGCCAUGGAGGGUUCCUGGCGGCUUCCAUCCUCAGCCAGUCUUGAUGGACAGCUCUGGAAAAGGGUGUCCCCAGGCUCCAAGGGGCACACCUGGCUUCUCUGAGGUGCAGCUGCAAGUCACUUUCUUUCCAGAACAAGGGAGAAGAGAUCAUUCAGCAGGCCUCUGGCCCCUGUGCGUAAAAACUACCAUCUGGUUGAUUGUGUGGUCAGUUUCAUUACUCAUUUCUAUACUGAAAGGUUUUUAACGAAGGGAAAAAAACAACAGCAAUAACAUUCAUAUCCAUGGAGCAGCUAACUCGUAAUACCUGCUUUUCGUACAGAACUAGCCAAUGUAAAAACAAUUAACGUGUAAAUACUUUUUUUUUUUUUCAUUUUACACCGUUGUAUUAUACGUGUAUAUGGUGGUUCCUUUUUUCAGAAACUCUUUUCUUACCUGAUAGUUGUCUUGUUUUCUGGGCUGUUUUUAACUGAGGAAAAAUAAAUGCUCAUCUGCCAGAGGGGAUGGAGAAACCCCCUUGGCCAGUUUCCGUGCGCCAUGUCCUCCCUGCGGGUGCUGAGCGCCAGCUGCGCGGAUUCUCCCAUCAGGUUGGGCCUCUCUCUCUCUCCCGACCCUGUCCACAAUCCACCAGGGUCAGGGGACAUGUUUUUGUUCUUGCUUUAAGGCAGGAGUCACAAAUGACUUUUUUGUUUGCAAUUAAGGAAAAAAACCCGCCUCUACCUUUAUCAGCACCCGGAGCCCCCUGCACCCGUCCCUGCGUCCUAUGCUGCUGCUAAUGACAAUAUGAUGGCUUACUCUGCUACUCGAAAACUAUUUUUAUGUAAUUAAUGUAUGCUUUCUUGUUUAUAAAUGCCUGAUUUAAAAA